AUGGAAGCCGAGGCCUUCCCGAUACGGUUCACCAAGGGCAUACGGUCCUACUGGCGCCGGAGCAAGUACCAGCGCGUGGACGGCGGCACGGCGGGCCGGGGCACGCGCCACCUGGUGCGGCUCGGGGACGGCGGCAGCGGCAGCGGCGACGGCAAGGCGUGGGGCGUGCGGCUCGGCGGCAUGUUCCGGGUGCGCGUGAAGGCGCCGGCCUCGGCCGUGGCCGCGGCGAAGGCCCCGAAGCGCGUGCUCGGCCGGAUAAGGGACGCGUACGUGGACGCCAUGCUCGGCGCGGCGAAGAAGCACUCGGCGGCGACGCACACGCUGCCGGGCGGGCCGGCCCCGGAGGCGCUGUGGCAGAAGCGGGUGCCCGUGCGCCGGUCGCGCAGCCAGGCGCAGGUGCGGCAGAAGGCGGACGAGCUGGGCCAGAGGCUCGUCCUCGAGAUGUACAAGUCCGUGCGCGCGUCCAGGGACCUCGCGGGCAUGCUCGAAGCAUCAAGGUCGCGAUAG